CCAAGGAAAGCAGGUCGGGGUAUGUGAGAAACAGUCACCUGCGGCCUAAUUACUCAAAUGCUGUCCCCAGCCACAGGAGGGGAGAGCAGCUUUUCUGCUGAGUCUGUCUAGAGGCCGCCACGCCGGCACAGCUCAGCACAGCCUGGACAGAAAGCUGACCAGCACUGACCAGCCCCGGAGCCCAGCAAUGUCCCUGCCCCGACCAUACCCAGCCUGACUGUGGGGAAGGGUCCCAGCUGUGGCCCAGAAGAUGAGUCUCACCACCGGCUUGCUGGGCACGAUGAAAAGGAGGAAACUCUGUGAUUGAACCUCCAGCCGGGAAAUAGCCGAGGUGGACCGCACUUUACCAGACACCCGGGCCGUGACCCCUGGUUGGGAGAAGCCUUGUGACAUUUCUGCUUCAGAAACCUGAGGGGGAACGCUGAGGGGCCCCAGCUCACGCGAGCUGGCUGCUGAGCCCAUGCCGGAUGACAGAGCCAGGAUGGAGAACGCCAAGAAGGAAAAGGCGGAGCAGAUCCUGGCGGAGUUCCGGCUGCAGGACGAGGACUUGAAGAAGGUGAUGCGGCGGAUGCAGACGGAGAUGGACCGGGGCCUGAGGCUGGAGACGCACGAGGAGGCCAGUGUGAAGAUGCUGCCCACCUACGUGCGCUCCACCCCCGAAGGCUCAGGUGCCGCGCCGGGCAGCUCCUCCAGGGGGCGCUGUCCCCACCAGCUCCGCUCGGGUCCGGGAAGCGGGCGGAUGGAAGUCGGGGACUUCCUCUCCCUGGACCUGGGCGGCACCAACUUCAGGGUGAUGCUGGUGAAGGUGGGCGAGGGCGAGGCUGGGCAGUGGAACGUGAAAACCAAGCACCAGAUGUAUUCCAUCCCUGAAGAUGCCAUGACAGGCACCGCUGAGAUGCUCUUCGACUAUGUGUCCGAGUGCAUCUCCGACUUCCUGGACAAGCAUCACAUGAAGCACAAGAAGCUGCCCUUGGGCUUCACCUUCUCCUUCCCCGUGAGGCACGAAGACAUCGAUAAGGGCAUUCUUCUCAACUGGACCAAGGGUUUCAAGGCCUCCGGAGCAGAAGGCAACAACAUCGUGGGGCUUCUACGAGAUGCCAUCAAGCGCAGAGGGGACUUUGAGAUGGAUGUGGUGGCGAUGGUGAAUGACACCGUGGCCACGAUGAUCUCCUGCUACUACGAAGACCGCCGGUGCGAGGUUGGCAUGAUUGUGGGCACUGGCUGUAACGCCUGCUACAUGGAGGAGAUGCACAACGUGGAGCUGGUGGAAGGGGACGAGGGCCGCAUGUGCGUCAACACGGAGUGGGGUGCCUUCGGGGACGCCGGUGAGCUGGACGAGUUUCUGCUGGAGUACGACCGAAUGGUGGACGAGAGCUCGCUGAACCCUGGCCAGCAGCUGUACGAGAAGCUCAUCGGCGGCAAGUACAUGGGCGAACUGGUGCGGCUCGUGCUGCUGAAGCUGGUGGACGAGAACCUGCUCUUCCACGGGGAGGCCUCGGAGCAGCUGCGCACGCGCGGCGCCUUCGAGACACGCUUCGUCUCGCAGGUGGAGAGUGACUCGGGCGACCGCAAGCAGAUCUACAACAUCCUGAGCACGCUGGGGCUGAGGCCCUCGGCCACCGACUGCGACAUCGUGCGCCGCGCCUGCGAGAGCGUGUCCACGCGCGCCGCGCACAUGUGCGCCGCGGGGCUGGCGGGCGUCAUCAACCGCAUGCGGGAGAGCCGCAGUGAGGACGUGAUGCGCAUCACGGUGGGCGUGGACGGCUCGGUGUACAAGCUGCACCCCAGCUUCAAGGAGCGCUUCCAUGCCAGCGUGCGCAGGCUGACGCCCAGCUGCGAGAUCACCUUCAUCCAGUCGGAGGAGGGCAGCGGCCGGGGCGCGGCUCUGGUCUCCGCCGUGGCCUGUAAGAAGGCCUGCAUGCUGGGCCAGUGACGACAGCGGCCUAGAGGCGAGGAGGAGGCUGUGGCCAUCGCGAUACCUGAGCUCCAGGGGUCAGCGCUUCCCACAGGUGCACUCAUUCCGGUCCGCCUCCCAUUCCCGCUGCCACCUGGACAUGGGGCAAGGGCAGCGGGGAAGGAGGGUGCCCCCGGGGCAGGCCAGGUCUUCCUGAGUCAGCUGGUGGGACAGCCCUAGGGCCCUAACUGUGUUGGGGGCUGAGAUGAACAGGAACGGAGACCCCAGAGCCUUUCUGCCAGAAUCAACCCCCUAGAAGGGAGUCGCUCGCUCAGGACUUUGUUGCAUCUCUGCAUGGCUGCAUCUUGGAGCUUUCAGCCUGGGUCAGCCAUGCCCACUCCCACUCCGCUCAGGGAGGGGGUGCCCUCUGGACCAUGCUGUGGCCUGGCUUCCCUGGGAACUCAGCCCACAUGGAGAGGCAGCCCCAGGGACCUGGCCAGACCUAGGCCUGGGCUCCACAAGGGGCAGGGCUGCUGACCACCCAGGCCUGGGAGUGGGGGAGUGAAAUCGGAGGGGACUGGCCUAGUGUGGAGGCUGCGGUACUAGAGGUCUGAAGACAGCGGCCUUUUCCCUUCCAUGCUGCCUUCCCUGAGUGGUUUGGGGUUCUGGGACGGAUCCUCACAGGAGGCACAAGAGACAAGAGAGCCCAAAGCCACAGCCAGGAAGAGGAGGGGCUGCCACACACUGACCCAGCAGAACUGAGCACACCCCAAGUGACUACCCAGGCCUCUCCUCAGCAGACCUCCAUGUGCAACACCAACCUCUUCAAACCCAA